GACACGAGCUGCUGCCUGGACCUGUAGGAACUAGCUGGCGCAGCAGUCCACAGUGUUGAGUCAACGUUGCAUCUGGGAGGCUGAAGCAGCGGCGAGACAGAGAUGACAUAGCGACAGGAUCAGCUAACGUUACCCUGACACCUGGAGCAGAUUGUGUCUUUUAUCAGUUAACUUGCUUCAGUAAAGCUAUUUGUUUACGGUAACUGGUUCGCAAGCUAGUCACCAAUGCUCUCAGUGAGCUGCCCUUACUCAAAUUUUGAUCAAAGUUGCUGCAAGCUAGCGUUAGCUCGCUGCUGCUACCCUUCAAGCAUUGAAGUGGUCACAUAAACAUGCGGAUCAUCGAGGCUGAGACCCCUGGGAUAUCUUUAAACGCUUCCUGCAGGACACGACUUUCGACUGCUCGCUGACUGGACUCUGCAGAGUUGCUGUAGAGGACGGAGAGCAACGGAUCUCCAGGACCAGAUUGCCUGCUGAACUUUUUGCCUCUCGGAUCACCAGGGACCAUGUUGUCCAUCUUGGCUGCUGGGUCUGUGUUCUUUCCAGGCCUUUUCCUUCUGUCCAAACAAUGUCUGAAGUCUAUCCCAGCACUGAGGUGGAGCGAAGGAGAUGCAACCAUUGUAUCAGCCAGGUUGGUGUCAUCAAUUCAGGCAGUCAUGGCGUCUUCAGCUGGCUACAUCAUUGCUUCUUCCUGUGAGGACAUCAUUGAGGAUCAGCACUGGCUUACUAGCACUUACAUCAUGUUUGCUGUUCCCUACUUCGUGUAUGACAUCUACGCGAUGUUCAUGUGCUACUGGUACAAGCUGCGGGUCAAAGGGCACGAGGAGGCCUCGGCGGCACCCCAGCACAUGAGCUCAGCCCUGACCAGCUACUUGCGUCGCGAGUUCCUCAUGGUGCUGCACCACGUUGUCAUGGUCACCGUCUGCUUCCCUGUCUCUGUGUUUUGGCGACAAGGAAAGGGGGAUUAUUUCCAGGGUAUAAUGUUCAUGGCUGAGCUUAGCACUCCAUCUGUCUGCUUAGGAAAAAUACUCAUCCAGUACAAACAACAACACACUCUGCUGCACAAAGUGAAUGGGGCUCUUAUGCUGAUCACUUUUUUCAUCUUUCGAGUUCUACUCUUCCCUUACCUCUACUACGUCUAUGGAAGGUACGCAUCUAUCCCCUUCCACAUGGUUCCCUUGUCGGUGCCGUGGCACUGUAACCUCGGUGCUGCUCUGCUCAUGGCACCCCAGCUCUACUGGUUCUCCCUAAUUUGCAGGGGCGCCCUACGACUAUUCAAGGGCACCUCCCGCUCUCAGAGACCAUGUGCGACCACAGCCGCUGCUAAAGAGCCUCAAACGGAUGGCAACGCACUGCCACAGCCAGCCAACGGCUACAGCACGCGCUCCACAGAGCCGGAGCUGGCCACUCACUGAGGAGGGUAACAUGGAGCGGGAGGGUGGGGAGGGAAGUAAGGCGAAUGUACCAAUGAGUUUGUAAAAGGAACGAAAGCAAUGAGGGAAAAGCAAGACUUGAAACAAGUUGAGAUGAUGGCCUCAAAUCCAGCUGAAGUGUUUGUAGCCAGCAAACAGCUUAAUGAUUUUGUGGCUGACCUCCAAGUACUUCAGCUUCUUAGUUUGUAGGAAUCAGAGUGUUAGCACACUCAGUAUUUAAGAUGUCAUCAGGCACUGUGACAGAUAGAAACAUGCACUGACUUGAGAGGAAUUUGCCUGGAUGUAUAGCAAACCUAGGUGGCUAUUUCCCUCAUGUAGAUCAAAUACAGUCCUCUCUGCCUCACAGUACAGGAAGAGCAGGAAAAUAGGAAUGUAUUAUAUUGUAUGUUAGUACGUUUGCUGUAGAUGGAAGGCCUGAUUCAGUUUAGUAACGAAGAAGACCUUCAAAAAAGAAAAAGAAAAAAAAAAUUACCCCGGCUAAGCAGUAUUUUGACUUGUUAGUGUUUAUUAUCUGUAUCCUCUAUGUAGUCACUGUCACUCUAACAAAAUGUAACCAACCUGCAGACUGAUUCAUCUUUAGAAGGGAGAUAAUGUCAUAAUACUGUACUCUGCUGCCUUAUCCCCUUUUUCCCCAUUGUUUGCUGUUUCUUUUACAUUAUUUUUAUCCUCAAAGAAGGAAGACGAGGCUUUCCUUGGACAGAAAAAGAUGAUGGUUGUAUAUAGCAGAUGCAAAAUUGUCCUUUCUAUGUCAGUAUUACGUCAAUGAUGAUUUUAUGUUUUUUUUUGGAGGGGGAGGGGGGGUAUUUAUUUUUUCUCAUUUGUGCGACUGCAUAUUUUGGCCACUGUGGACUUAAACAAAAGGAAAAGAAAAAAAAAACUUUUUGCUAGAAUGAAGUCAUAAAUUUAAAAGGAAAAAAAGUGGAUUAUCUCUGAGAUUAAAGUGACCAAUUUUGAAAGAAAAUCUUAAAAAUAUUCUUCAUUAAAAUAAACCCUCAAAAAUCUUGAAAUAUUUACAAAAGAAAUGUAAGCGGAGAAUUAAUAUAUAUAUCAUUCAUAUUUAAUUCAGGAACCCAUGUGGCUUUACUUUGCUGUACCUUUCUCUAAGUUGCCUUAUUUCAUCACAGAUGCUCCGGGGAAGCAUUGGUGCAGCUUCAUCACAUAUAAUGUUCUGCAGUAAAACAAUUAGCAAUACUCAAAGAUGCAACCACCACUUUUCUCACAUUUUUCAACUGUCGGUUUGUCCAUGUAAUGAGUGAUAUGCUCAAUCUUAACUUUUUUCUAAUGCUUAAUAACUUGCACAAUGCAGCGUCAUCCAGUAAACAGGCUGCAUCUGUGUUGCAAUAAGGUUUAACCAGUUUUGCAAAGUAAAGCUAUGUGGUUCUUCUAAAAUAAAUCUCAUUCACGUUGACACAAAUUUGCCUCUUUAAUCCUUAAAAAAAAAAAAAAAAAGCCCUGUUCUUCCUCGUAGAUUUAUGCCUUUGUUGGACAUUCUUCUGAGUUUUGUCUCAGAAUAUUUACCCUCAGGCUGCGAUGCCUGUUUUUAUUCAUAUGCUGUUGAUUUUUUUAAACCUACAACAGACCUGAUACACUUUAAUAUAUUUGUAAAUCUUAUGAUUACACAAAUAUUCUGAACAAGACGAGUAGAAAGGUUUCAGUUUUACAAUUUAGUGUAUGCAAACUUCCCCCAAAGCUUAGAGCAAAGGCUCGUUUCAGUGUAGAUAGAACUCCAUUCCAUUCACUGGUUAUCACUUUCUUCAUUUUGCACACAAAGAAGUGCUGCACAGAAGUACUCUCUUAAAACUUAACUGCUUUUAGUUUGGUGCUGGUGUAAAUCUACAAACAUCCAUUCUUGUGGUGGGAGCAUUUCACAAAGGGAUCUGUGAGAUUGGAGUAUUUUUAGCUUUGUUAGAGGACUUGACCGUGUUCAUGAUUGAAGGGAAGCUCAAGUAAAAACUUAGGGGAGAAUUUCCUAGUGACUGACAGGCAGCACGUUUGACCAACAUAUUUUUGGUGCAGUACAUUUGACCAACACAAUGUUUUGUUUUUCUUUUUAAUAAUUAGCCCAGAAAUGAGGCAUUUUAACAUCGUAUGAAACGCCCCACUCAAUGAGUCGCUGGUUUUUUUGUUUUGGGGGUUUUAUUCUUUUAAAGUAUUUCUUUUUUCAUUUAAUGCAGCUACAGUGUCCUGGACAUUGGUCAAGAAAAAGCAAACAAAAAACAACUAAAACAGCUAAAAAAAACAAAACAUCAACGCAGGGUAGUGUGUGCCAAAGCAUCUGGACAGCUGUGGGCAUGUCAAACACAGAAUAUCCAUUCCCCUGUUCCAUGAGUCAUAAAGUACUGCUUCUUGACAAUACUGAAACAUUUCAACUGAUGUACUGUAUAUUCCACAAAAUGCUUGUUAUUUAUUUGUAAGUAUUUAUUUAUUUAUUAUUUAUUUGGUUUGUGGUUUUGAAUGCAUAUUUAUGCAUACAUAUUAUACUCUAUGCUUCUGAGCCUCAUGUGAAGGCUGUAUUGUUACUCAAACUUAGCUAAAAUAUACUUCUCUGUCCUGA